CCGUGUCCUCCCCUCACAUUGUUGACUACGUCGAAGCCAACAGCCAAUCCUUCACAAUGGCAGCCUCUGCAAAGGAAAGAUUCGAUCUCAUCCGCGAGAAUCUCGGCGAGAUUCUCAACCCGGAGCUCAUUGAGAGCAUCCUCGCCGAGGGGCGCAACCCCCGUAUCUACUGGGGUACGGCCACGACUGGAAAGCCUCAUUCCGGAUACUUUGUCGCCGCGCUUAAGAUCGCCCAGCUCCUGGCGGCAGGAUGUGAGGUGGUGAUUCUCCUCGCCGACGUGCACGCCUUCCUGGACUCCAUGAAAGCGCCCCUCGAAUUGGUCGAGAACCGUGUCAAAUACUACCAGAAGAUUAUCACGGCAAUUCUGGAGGCUGUCGGUGUGUCGACGGAGAAACUUGAGUUCGUGCUCGGAAGCUCCUACCAGCGCAACCCCGACUAUGUGAUGGAUGUUUACCGGCUCGCGGCUUUGACUUCCGAGCAUGACUGCAGGAAGGCUGGUGCGGAGAUUGUGAAGCAAUCUACCAACGCUCCCCUGAGUGGCCUCCUGUACCCCAUCCUUCAGGUUCUCGAUGAGGAGUACCUCAAGGUCGAUGCCGAACUGGGCGGUAUGGACCAGCGGAAGCUCUUCGUGGCGGCAACUGAGUGGCUGCCUAAGCUUGGAUACCGCAAGCGCGCUCAUCUUAUCACGCCGAUGGUGGCCGGCUUGAGCGGAGGAAAGAUGAGCUCUAGUAUCGAAGAUAGCAAGAUCGAUCUCCUUGAUCCCCCGGAGGCGGUUUCCAAGAAGAUCCGCAAGUCGGAAGCGGCCCCCAAGACUGUCGAAGGCAAUGGCAUCAUUGCCCUGGUGGAAUUUGUCCUCCUCCCCGCCGCCGCUCUUACGGGCAAGAAGGAAUUCCGCGUGGAACGCCGGGAUGCCGAACCCCUGAUCUACACCGACAUCCAACAACUCAAGGAUGAUUACGCAAACGAUGUUUUGACCCCCCAAAUCCUCAAGCCUGCGGCCGCAGAUGCUCUGACCCGCCUGAUGGCGCCUAUCUACAAAUCCUACCAAGAGUCGCCCGAAUGGCAGGAGAUCACCCUUGCCGCUUACCCGCCCCCGGUUGUGCAGAAGAAGCAAAAGAAGGUCAAGGAUAAGGGCACCCGCCACCCCGGAGCUACCCAGGAAAAGGAGCUUCCUGAGCGCCCGAAGGAGGCUUAGGUAUAUGUACCCGAAGUCAUAGCCUCUGGGAUUCAAAGUAUCUCUCGAUGAUUCUUUCGAGAGAACUGAUAGAUGGUGAUGAAUCGAUCGAUAGAUGGAUAGAAAGAGAGGAGAGAGAAGAGAGAAGAGAAGAAGAGCUAUCUGCAGGGAGGUCUGUCACUUAUACGAUGAACAAGUAGAUAACAUUCAAAUUGAUUGCGGGUGUUUUUGGCGAUUUACAGCAGAAAGACCCUAAAAGUUCAUGGGAUUUCUAUACAUCAAUACAUCAUGGUUAGCAAUAGACGAAAGCAGC